AUGACAACUCACGUUGACCGCUGUGUCUUCUUCUCAAGGAUGGGUGCAUGCCGGCACGGCGAUCAGUGCACGAAGCUGCACUACCGCCCCGACACGUCGCCGACAGUGUUGUUCCCCAUGAUGUACCCGAACCCUCACGCGAUUGUGCACAUUAAGGACCGUGAGUGGAACUUUGAGCUCGACAAGAAGUACCUGAAGAAGCACUUUGAGCACUUCUACAAGGAAGUGUGGCGCACCUUCAUGGAAUUUGGCCGUAUCGCCGAACUGCGCGUCGUGAGCAACCUCGGCGAUCACCUCCUCGGCAACGUGUACAUCCGCUUCGAGGACCCGCAGGUCGCCUCGCGUAUUGUGAAUGAGUUGCGCGGCAAAAAGCUGAACGCGGUUAUUGUCCUGCCCGAGUUGUCGCCGGUCACCAACUUUGCCGAGGCGUGCUGCAAGGAGGAUCUCGAGAGCCGUUGUCAGCGUGGCGAGCAGUGCAAUUACCUCCACAUCAUGAAGGUGUCGCGCCGCCUCCUCGAGAAGCUCGAGAAGGAGCAGUCAAAGCACUGGAAGAAAAGAGAGAAGCGCCACGAGCACAGCAGUAGCGACCGGAAGCGUAGCCGCUCGCGGUCCCCUGCUGACAAGCGCUGGUGA